UCUUCCUCCUCAUCACCACUCCCUGCCUCCCACUUCAUCGGGAAGAAGGAGGACAUUGUCAAAUCCGGCCGUGUGACUAAACUGGUGAAUGGAUGCAGAGAUGUAUUGGUCCUGUACCACAAGGGGCAGCUUCAUGCAAUGGACACGCGCUGUUACCAUGCAGGUGGUGCAUUAGAAAAUGGAGACAUUGAGGAGUUUAAUGGGCGGCAGUGCAUCGUGUGUCCGUGGCACAAGUACAAGAUCACACUGGCAGAAGGAGAAGGGCUUUACCAGGCUGUGGAUGAUCCUAUAGCCAAACCACUGAGAACACACUGGCGCUCCAAGGGUGUCAAACAAAGGAUUCACAAGGUGACGGAGGUCAACGGGGAUGUAUACGUAACGCUGAACGACUCCAGCGAGGCCAUUGAGUCAGACCACUACCAGACUGAGAGAUACAGGACUGUCUUUCUCAACGCUCAGCCAAAAUCCAAGCCCAAGAAAUAGCCAAACACUCAAACAUUUAGAGUUCUUUGAUUAAUUAACCAAAAAUGUUGAUUGCUGAUAAUUGUGAUUUGCUCUUGCUCUGAUGACGCAGUUUGUUUUCAUAAGGCCAGAACUCAAGGCAUUACUGCAGGCAUGGAGCAGGCCAGCAGGUAUACAUUUUAUACAAUUCUGGCAUUACUGAAAUUACUCUAGAAUAUGUUUGUUUUUCUACAGAAUAUUCAGGUGUAAAUGAUUAAAUAAUGUGCAAAUAUGCUGUUCAUUUUUGUAUAAAUAAUGAUUUUUUUUGACCUCCCAUCAUCCUGGUAAAUUAUAUUUUGAAUAUUAUUAUGUUGUAUGAUGCUUCUGAACAUAAUGUAACACAAGUCAAAGAAAAUAACACCACAACUGUCUACUGUAAAAGUAGUAAGUGAAAACAAUGAAUUGAUUAAUCAAUCAAGAGAAAAUUAUGCCAAACUAUGUUUACAGUCUUUUAAUCAUUUUAAGACCUUGAUCAGGGAAGGGAUCUUUUACCAGCUCCUGGAGUGAGGUGUGCAAUGUGAGAUUUUAUCCUAUUCUCUUUAUUUUAUUGUCAAUUAAAAGUUGUUGAGUUUGAGCUGGACAAAAUGAAUUUGAAGACAAUACUUCAGAAGAAGACCAUAAUGAUAUGGUAAUUUAUCAUACUUUUUGACAUUUUAUAAACAAAUUAAGAAAAAUAAGUGUCAGAUAGAGCAGUAAUUUAAAAAAAAAUCAUAUUUAAUUACAGCAGUAUUUAUGUUUUUAAUCGGUAGAAUACAAAACAUGAACACAAAGGCAAUACUAA